AUGGUAGGCAGAACCUGCUUGGACCUGGACUACUCGAGCUGCCCGCUGUCGUCAUCAUCAGCCAAAUACGCCAUCUUCGAAUAUCCGAUACCGAUCUCACGCCAUGCGACAGCACACAAGCGAAGAAAGCAGCCCGCAGCACGCGAUCCGCCCCUGACGAUGCCCGAGAGGGCUGGCCACAAUUCCAACCAUCGCGGGUGUGGUGCAACAUCCUGCCGAGGCAACAGCAGGAACCGGCCCUUCGGUCAUGCCGCCUUCGCCCUUGAAGAAAGCCAAGACUGCGGUCUUACUUGGACUACCCCUCGAAGCAAGCUGCGUCAUGCGACUCCUGCUCUUCGCGAACUCUCUGCUUGGGCGGAAACGAGCAGCAAGUCGCCUCAGCUCUGCCCUGCUUGGGCUGUUGACUCGGUGGUCAUCGCGCAGAAAGCAGGCUAUAAGAUCGCCAAGUCAGCUAGCACUACCAACUGGCACCGUGAAGAAAUAGCAUACCUUCGCCGGCAUCCAGAGGCUCAGACCGAUGCGACACACGCCGAGCUGCAUGCGCACGAAGCCUUGCCUAUAAAUCUAAAGGCUGCUCGAGACACCGUAUUGCCUCCUUCAUCCUCCACUAUACAUCCAAGUCAACGAAACAUCGCCGAACAUCACACCAUGUUCCACACCAUGGCCCAUGAACAGGACAAGCUGAAGAAAGAAGCGCACCUUCGCUCGCGCCAAUUGAAGAAGAGACGCAACUUGAUCCCGACGAGGAGAAGGCAGGCCAUCACCGCGGCAUGUUCCAGAUCUGCUUCGUCAGCGACUGUACCGAACCCCGUCUUCGAGAAUGCCAAGUCGGUCAGCACCAUCUGGAGCCAGUUGAAGAAGAAGCACAAUUUCGGUGGCCCGAAGAAUUACGAACGACACCGUCCCGAAGUCCCUGCUUGGGCGAAAGACGAAGAGUCCCGCGUGGUCCUGUUUGGGCGAUGA